CUCAGCCUCCAGCCAGACUCUGCCCAAGCCGAGCUGAGGCUUCUCUCCUCCAAUCCCCACCUCUGUCUGGAACACCCACCAUGGGGAGGAAGCCACACCUGCUGCUGCUGGCCACCAUGGCUCUCGUCUCCUCUUCAGCUUGGAGCUCAGCCCGGGGAUCCCCAGUCACCUUUGGGCCUGUCUUUGAAGAACAGCCCCUCGGUCUGCUAUUCCCAGAGGAGUCCACGGAGGAGCAGGUGUUGCUGGCAUGCCGUGCCCGGGCAAGCCCUCCGGCCACCUAUCGGUGGAAGAUGAAUGGUACCGAGAUGAAGUUGGAGCCAGACUCCCGUCACCAGCUGGUGGGGGGCAACCUGGUCAUCAUGAGCCCCACCAAGGCGCAGGAUGCCGGUGUCUACCAGUGCCUGGCCUCCAACCCAGUGGGCACUGUCGUCAGCAGGGAGGCUGUUCUCCGCUUCGGCUUUCUGCAGGAAUUCUCCAAGGAGGAGCGAGAUCCAGUGAAAACCCAUGAGGGCUGGGGGGUGAUGUUGCCCUGUAACCCACCUGCCCACUACCCAGGCUUGUCCUACCGCUGGCUCCUCAACGAGUUCCCCAACUUCAUCCCGACGGACGGGCGCCACUUCGUGUCCCAGACCACAGGGAACCUGUACAUUGCCCGGACCAAUGCCUCGGACCUGGGCAACUACUCCUGCCUGGCCACCAGCCACAUGGACUUCUCCACCAAGAGUGUCUUCAGCAAGUUCGCUCAGCUCAACCUGGCUGCCGAAGACACCCGGCUCUUUGCACCCAGCAUCAAGGCCCGGUUCCCAGCAGAGACCUAUGCGCUGGUGGGGCAGCAAGUCACCCUGGAGUGCUUCGCCUUUGGGAACCCUGUGCCCAGGAUCAAGUGGCGCAAAGUGGACGGCUCCUUGUCCCCCCAGUGGGCCACAGCUGAGCCCACCCUGCAGAUCCCCAGCGUCAGCUUUGAAGAUGAGGGCACCUAUGAGUGUGAGGCAGAGAACUCCAAGGGCCGUGACACCGUCCAGGGCCGCGUCAUUGUGCAAGCUCAGCCGGAGUGGCUCAAGGUGAUCUCGGACACGGAGGCCGACAUCGGCUCCAACCUGCGUUGGGGUUGCGCGGCCGCCGGCAAGCCCCGGCCCACGGUGCGCUGGCUGCGGAAUGGGGAGCCUCUGGCCUCCCAGAACCGGGUGGAGGUGUCGGCCGGGGACCUGCGGUUUUCCAAGCUGAACCUGGAGGACUCAGGCAUGUACCAGUGUGUGGCGGAGAAUAAGCACGGCACCAUCUACGCCAGCGCCGAGCUGGCGGUUCAGGCGCUUGCCCCUGACUUCAGGCUGAAUCCCGUGAGGCGUCUGAUCCCCGCGGCCCGUGGGGGAGAGAUCCUCAUCCCCUGCCAGCCCCGGGCAGCUCCGAAGGCCGUGGUGCUCUGGAGCAAAGGCACGGAGAUUUUGGUCAACAGCAGCAGAGUGACUGUGACUCCAGAUGGCACCCUGAUCAUAAGAAACAUCAGCCGGUCAGAUGAAGGCAAAUACACCUGCUUUGCUGAGAACUUCAUGGGCAAAGCCAACAGCACUGGGAUCCUCUCUGUGCGAGAUGCGACCAAGAUCACACUAGCACCCUCGAGUGCCGACAUCAACUUGGGUGACAACCUGACCCUACAGUGCCACGCCUCCCACGACCCCACCAUGGACCUCACCUUCACCUGGACCCUGGACGACUUCCCCAUCGACUUGGAUAAGCCCGGGGGGCACUACCGGAGGGCCAGUGUGAAGGAGACUGUGGGAGACUUGACCAUCCUGAAUGCCCAGCUGCGCCACGGGGGGAAGUACACGUGCAUGGCCCAGACGGUGGUGGACAGCGCAUCCAAGGAGGCCACGGUCCUGGUCCGAGGUCCGCCUGGUCCCCCCGGAGGUGUGGUCAUGAGGGACAUCGGCGAAACCACUGUCCAGCUCAGCUGGAGCCGUGGCUUCGACAACCAUAGCCCCAUUGCCAAGUACACCCUGCAAGCUCGCAGUCCACCUGCAGGGAAGUGGAAGCAGGUUCGGACCAAUCCUGCCAACAUCGAGGGCAAUGCUGAGACCGCCCAGGUGCUGGGCCUCACGCCCUGGAUGGACUAUGAAUUCCGGGUCGUGGCCAGCAACAUCCUGGGCACUGGGGAGCCCAGUGGGCCCUCCAGCAAAAUCCGGACCAAGGAAGCAGCGCCCUCAGUGGCACCCUCAGGACUCAGUGGAGGAGGCGGAGCCCCUGGAGAGCUCAUCGUCAACUGGACGCCCAUAUCCCGGGAGUACCAGAACGGAGACGGCUUCGGCUACCUGCUGUCCUUCCGCAGGCAGGGCAGCACCCGCUGGCAGACCGCCCGGGUGCUCGGCGCCGACGCCCAGUACUUCGUCUACAGCAAUGAGAGCGUCCGGCCCUACACGCCCUUUGAGGUCAAGAUCCGCAGCUACAACCGCCGUGGGGAUGGGCCCGAGAGCCUCACUGCGCUCGUGUACUCGGCCGAGGAAGAGCCCAGGGUGGUCCCCUCCAAGGUCUGGGCCAAGGGGAUCUCAUCCUCAGAGAUGAACGUGACCUGGGAACCCGUGCAGCAGGACACGAAUGGUAUCCUCCUGGGGUAUGAGAUCCGCUACUGGAAAGCCGGGGACAAAGAAGCCGCCGCUGACCGAGUCAGGACGGCAGGGCUGGACAACAGUGCCCGAGUCACUGGCCUGCAUCCCAACACCAAGUACCAUGUGACCGUGCGGGCCUACAACCGGGCCGGCACUGGGCCUGCCAGCCCUUCCGCCAACGCCACAACCAUGAAAUCCCCUCCGCAGCGACCACCUGGCAACAUCUCCUGGACCUUCUCAAGCUCCAGCCUGAGCAUUAAGUGGGAUCCCGUGGUCCCUCUGCGAAAUGAGUCUGCAGUCACUGGCUAUAAGAUGCUGUACCAGAACGACCUACACCCAGCUCCCACGCUCCACCUCACUGGCAAAAACUGGAUUGAAAUUCCAGUUCCUGAGGACAUUGGCCAUGCCCUGGUACAGAUUCGGACCACAGGGCCUGGAGGGGAUGGGAUCCCGGCAGAAGUCCACAUCGUGAGGAAUGGAGGCACAAGCAUGAUGGUAGAGAACUCAGCAGUCUGCCCAGCGCCAGAUCCUGGCACCGUCUUUUCCCACUCCAUGGCGAUGCUGAUCCUCAUAGGCUCCCUGGAGCUCUGAUCACCGUGCCUCUUCCUCUGCACCGCAGCUGGACACCCAUCUCUGAUGGAUGCAGCCAGCUGGCCCCAGCCCCUUCGUGCUGCCAAGGUGGCCCGACACUGUGCCAGAGAAUGGCUGGUUUUAAAUACCUACUUUAAACAGUGCCCUUUUUGUAGGAGGCAGAAUAUUUUAUAUUCUGCCACAGGAUAGAAUCCACACAAGGUUUUUUUUCUUUAAAUCAAGAGGCAGUAACUUCCAGAUGAUACUGAACCCUAUGCCUGGGCCCUCCAGGGAGCCUGGAUGGAAGGAACAGGCCUAUGGGAAGAAGGGGGUUUUAAAC